AUGGACGUCCUCUUCGAUACAAUCAACGUCCAGGAUCUUCUUUCCUCGCCCGAAUCCGCCUCCUCGCCGCUAUCGGCGCCGGAUCUUCGCCUCCUCAUAUCUCGCCUCGACGCCCACUCGCUGAGGAUCAAAUCCACCGUCCAAUCGUACCUCCUCGCGCACCACGACGAAUUCGCCUCCCUGUUCUCCCAGUGCUCCGACAUCGUUUCCAGGUCGGAGCGUCUAUCGGACGAUGUCGUAGCGCUGCUCAAGCUGAUAUGCGAUCAGCCAAUCGAGGCGGAUGUCGGAAGGAUCGUUCGGAAAAUUGUGGAGAAGAGGCUGGAGGCGAGGGAGAAGAGGGAGGUUCUGCAGUUUGUCGGGGUUGUUUUGGAAUUAGAUAGAAAGUUUGGGGUGGUUAGAGAUGAUGUGAAAAGUGGUAGGGUGGUUGAGGCGGCGGAUGGACUGAGGGAGCUGAAGAUUGCCAUUGGAGUUGGGGGCGGCAGCGAUGCUGAGGUGGCAGCCGAAGGUGAGCCGGAGGUGUAUGGGAUUCUCAAAAGGCAAUGGACGGAAUGUUUUGAGGAGAUUCAAGAGCUGCUUUUGAGGUUUAUGGAGAAAGCAGUGAAAAUUGAGCAGGGCGGUAAUGCACUGCAUAUUAAGCAUCAGAUGAGUGUGAACGGGAUUGAUGGGCUAGAGCUAUACACUGUUUUGAAAGCACUGGAUGUUGCUGGCAUACUCGAUUAUGGGCUUGCUAAAGUUGCAGACUUGAUUAUUAAAUAUGUUCUUACUCCGCUAGUGAGUUGUACUGCGACUCCAUAUAUAGAAGAAAUCAAUCAGGACUCGGGCCAUGCCCCAGAGGCAGUGUUUACAAUGGUUCCUUCUGUUGAUCCUGGGGGUAACAAGGUGAAUGGUGAAAUUAUGUACUCCAGCAUUCUUAAGAUCGUUGAGUUUGUUAACAAGUUCUUAGUCUUUCAAAAUAGUUCUUGGAUGUGCUGUUUCGGAAGAUUGACUUGGCCACGGAUGUCAGAUAUGAUUAUUUCCAAUUUUCUUUCCAAGGUUGUGCCUGAUGAUGCUUCCAAGCUGGCUGAGUUCCAAGAGGUCAGAAAACUAACAAUUGAUUUUGAGGCAGCUUUAAAGGAACUUGGGUUCAUAUCCCCAUCUGACAUCAAGGAUGAGAAACUAAGCAGAUUUGCUGACAAUGUUGAGGUUCACUUUGCAUCACGAAAGAAAGUUCAGAUUUUGUCUAAGGCCAGAAAUAUGCUUCUGCAAUCUAAUUUUAGUCUUCCUCAAGACUUCAUUAUGAAAAUUUCAGGGGUCCAUAAGGAACAACAUGCUGGAGAUAUCUCUAACUAUGUUGUUCUACUCUUCUCAUCUGAGAAAUGCGUGGUGUCUGAGGCAGCCAAACAGCUAAUGGAGCUUGUGCAUCAAACACUUAAGGAUGUAUGUUUGUUACCUCCAAAAGUUGGAUUGGAAUUCUAUCACGCUGCUAGAAAAGCUUUAGUUCUUUAUGAAGCUAUCAUACCUGUGAAGCUUCAAAGACAGCUGGAUUCCAUCAACCAGGCUGCUGUUCUGAUUCACAAUGACUGCCUCUACCUAUCUCAGGAGAUUCUUGGGCUUGCAUUUGAGUAUCGCCCAUACUUCCCCAGUUCUGUGAAAGAACAUGUGAUAUUUAUUGAUUUGGCUCCCAGAUUCCAGCUCAUGGCCGAAGAUGUUUUGAAGCGACAAAUUCAGCUUGUCCUUCAUAAUUUGAAUCAGGCUGUUGAUGGAGCUGAUGGAUUUCAAAAUACCCACCAGAUCAAACAAUUUGAAUCAGCCAAGUUUUGUAUAGACCAGGUAUGCAAUCGCUUCUAUUUCCUUCCUCUUCUCCAUUUUUGCCAUAGUUUAUUUUCAAGACACCUUAAAUUUCUUCAGGUUGCUUUCAUUAUUGAGAAAGUGCACAUCAUUUGGGAGCCUCUCUUACUUCCUUCAAUCUACGAGAAGAGCAUGACCAUGAUUUUAGAAUCUGUAUUCUCAAGAAUUGUAAAAGAGAUACUUCUGUUGGAUGAUAUGGCAGCUGAAGAAACUCUGCAGCUUCAAAGACUCAUCCAUUUGCUAUUUGAGCAUCUCUCGUCUUUAUUGGAGCCCCUUUUGGCCUUUGACCGCACAGGAAGGACACAAGAUGGCCAGAAUGACACCGAUUCUUUUAUAUUAUCCAUUCGGAAGCUCAGAAAAUUGGCAGAACUUCUGGACAUGCCUUUGAAGUCGAUUACUGAGGCAUGGGAGAGUGGCGAACUUUCUGACUGCAAUCUAACAUCAUCCGAGGUGGAAGAUUUUAUAAGGGCCAUCUUCACGGAUUCGCCUCUGAGGAAAGAAUGCUUAUUCAGAAUUGAGAACUCGAAUAUGAGGUAA